CCGUAUUAAUAAAGAUUAAAGUGCUGCAGGGAGCAAGCUGAUCGGCUCCAUUAACCCCUUGCCCGGCCGCCUUUGGCUACGCAGACACCCGCGCGCAACAUGUCCACGCUUCCCGCCUCGCCGGCUGCCCUUGCAAGCAAGACCUGUUUAGUCGCGCUGCGCUCCCGGGCUGGGCUGCGGGACUAAAGGCGCCCCCGCCUGAAGGCGGGGGGGGGGGGGUCCUUCUGGAGCUACCAACGCACCCCUCCCUCUCCUCUUCCCGGGCUUAGGGUUGCACGCCCGAGAGGCGAGUUUGCAAAGAGCCCGGAGGUGGAGGGGAGCGAGCGCGGAGCCGACGGGCCAUGGUGGCGGGUGGGAGCGCGCGCAGCCCUCCUCCCCUUUACUGACGAGGGGGAGGAUGACGGGCAGCAGCCUACCCCCGGGGCUGCUGGCGCUGGGCGCCGUUUUGCUAUGGCAGCCUUGCCAAGGGAGCUGCGGCGAGCAGAAAUGCGGCGCGCAGGAGAGUUGCUGCAGCUACGUCAACGCCACCUACGCGGAGACCAAAUGCUGCAAACUGCCUUUCCACACGUUCCUGGACAACGUGGGCUGGUUCGUGCGGAAGCUCUCCGGGCUGCUCAUCUUGCUGGUGCUCUUCGCCAUCGGGUACUUUCUGCAGCGGAUCAUCUGCCCCAGCCCCCGCAGGCACGGUCGGCGCCGCCGGCGCCCGGGGCAACGGAGCGAGGAGGAGGAGGAGGAGGAGGAUUACGACGAUGACGACGUGGAAGAGCAGGACUCGCUCGCCCGCGUCACCCCGCUGAACGUGACGGCCGCCACCUCGCAGGACUCGCUGCUGGACAGCGGGGACCGGGAGCCGUCUCUGCCGCCCCCUCUUCGCCAGGUCGUCUCGCCCAUCUUUUUGCAGUUGCCCAGCUACGAAGAGGUGAAAUAUUUGCCCACUUACGAGGAAUCCAUGCGGCCCCAGCAACCGCUGGUCCUGCCCGUCACCAGCCUGGCCACCGGGACAGGCAGAGGCCUCGCGGAGCCGGAUCGCUGGACAGGAGGCAGCUGAAGAGCGCUCCCUGCCCUUUCCCAGCGCCCCGCAGCUGGUGCCGCCAAAGCUGAAGGAACUGCCCGGUCGGCGUCGCCGGAGGUCGUCGCGCCGAAUCCCCUUUUUCCUUUGGGAGAUUUAGGGAGGGAAGUUGGAAAUAACGGAAGAGGGAGAAGAGAGAGGGAGAGGUGACCACGAGGGUCUUCCUUGGCCCUUCAUUUUUUCUUCUUUUUGCGAAGUUGCACACCUGAGAAGCUGCUGUGCAGCAGGGGAGGAAGGGCGAUUCUGCCUCCGCCUGUGAAACACCGCCAGCCUUUCACAUUUGAGAUGCCUGGUGGUUGUCCAGGUAUCUUUAAGUGCCAGUCUAUGUGACAUGCAUUCAAAUUGGAGACAUUCACAACUAGGAGCUAUAUUGUUUUUUAAUGGUCCUUCCCUGUAUUGUGUGGAUGCAUUCUGCUGAAGUACCUGAUCACUUUCUAAUGCAGAAUAAAAUCCUAGAAGGGAACAGUGUGAUUCUUUUACUUGUAACCAAUCCAGAUCAUACUGGUUUAAAUGAUUUCUCUCUUCCUGAAAUUUGUUCAUGAACAUUAACAAGUAACUUGGAGACUUUCGCAAAUCAUCAACGUUGCUGGAGCUGAGGUGGGAUCAUCAGGAGAAACACACAGAAUCCCUUCUGGUUGUUGGAUUUUUUUUUUUAAGCACUUUGACGUUAUUAAGUUCAGAAAGAUUUGGGAUUUUUGGGAGUGUGAUGACUGAGAAUUCAUUAAAAAGCUUUUUUAAAAAA